AUGGAGCAGUUCCGAGGCCACAUGGCCAAGUACAUGGAGACCACCUUCCAGGACACGAUGCACUCUGUACGUGAGGAGCUGGGAACGAUGGUGGCAAAGCAGCUUCAGCCCCAUGCGGAACGCCUCGACAGACAACAGGCCCAGCUUCGAGUGGUGCAAGCCAAGAAUGAGGAGCUUAGCCAAGAGCAAGAGGCCCUCAAAGCAUCAGUAAAACAAUUACAGGACACCCUGGCCAUCGCAGAGCAGCCGGCAGUUGCACCCAUCGACGUUGCCAAGCUCAUGGAAUGGAACCGCACUGUUGACCCCUCAGUGUUCAUCCUAUCAUGCGAUGUGGCGGCGGCUCCGAAUGACAUAUUCAGCGCACUUAACGAAUGGUUGCAGGCGGCCAAUGUGUCCAGGGACCAGCUGCGACUGGUCGGCGACACUCCGCAGAAGAAGUUCAUCCUGCAGCGCAUCGGAGGAGCCGCUGGUAUUGCUCGAGCCAAUGCGUUACAGACAUCCCUCAAGUUACCUAAUAAUCAAGGCUGGCGCCAGUUUGAGGUGCUCGCUGUCAGCGGAGCUCGUAUUGCCCUGCAUGUCAACCCUGAUAAGAACGCAAAAGACAUUCGGAAAGAAGUUCAGACCAAGAAGUUGCUCGGACUGGUACAUGUUUUUGAAAUCUCACUGACCAACUACCUGAACCAGUUUAGCGUCAACUACAAGAUUCAUUUCUCGGGGACGGACCGUCCCAGUGCAGGCGUGGUGGCGAUCCUGAUUCCAUGGUAUGACGAGCGCACUGUGGCAGCUGCUGGAGCGUCGGGUCUUCCUCGGCUUCGCCAUCGCACACUGGACAAUGGAAGAGCCAUCAUGACGAGCAUCGAGAACCCUGUGACAAAGGGCGAGUUUCGCAUCAUGAAUAUUCAUAACUACGAUAUUUCGGAGGCUGGUCGCACAAAGAUCAAACGUGCAUGGAAAGAAUAUAUUGCAUGGUCGAAGCGCGACCCGUUGAGGCACACAUUCAUUGUUGGCGGCGACUUCAACAUGACUGGUGUACCGACGGAGUCCAUUCUGUAUCCAAUGCCGAAACAAGCGAGGAGAUCUGAGGCAGGCCGUGCCAACCGCUCGGAGCCAUUCUGGCGUGAGCUCUUCAAUGACGCGGCGAUGAUUGAGGUUUGUUCCCCAAUUCCGACCCACUACACUGCGGAUAACAAUACCCUGAGAACUAUUGAUCGUUUCUUUGUUUCUAUAGAGUCGGCCUUCGCCAUUGAGACUGAGAUGGACGUGGAGGUGAUCCAGGACGCCUUCACACUGAAUGCCAAGCAGCUGAGCGACCAUGCGAUCAUUAAACUUCGGAUGGCUACCCGACGAACCCCUGCUUCGGCCCACCAGCGCAUCCCAUCAUUCAUCUUUAAGAGCGAUGAGUAUCGUACUGCCCUCGAGAGAUGCAUUGACGGAUGCAACUAUGAGCUUAUGGAGCCGUACCGCCAGUGGGAGGUGAUCAAAGAACUUAUGACGGUGGCGGCGGAGACGGCACGCAAUGAACUUUUGGCCAAGGAAGUCACAGGAGAAGGUGCUAUCCCGAGAAGAGCUACCUUACUGGCCGUUGGCGCUGCAGCGCGCGCAGUGUGGCGCCAGGACGCGCGGCUGGCAAAGAAGCUGAUCAACCACACGAUCGUCGGCGAGAGGGAGUUCUACAUCGAGGGGCGCGAGGUGAAGCUGAGACAGCCCGACACAUUCCACAACCGGAUGAAGGAUGCGCAGGCUUCCAUGUUGGACCGCGAAGCUGCUGCUCUCGAACGUCAGGGUGCAGGCCGAACUACCAAGCGGAAUGCAGCGGUGAUGGUACAGAGGGCCCUCCUUUGGAACAAUACCAAGCGGAUGCUGAUCCUGGCUGGUGCGAGACAAGGCCAAAUGACCAACAGAGCAGCGUCGGGGGCGCUGGCCGCGGAGGAGGUUGAGACUGUGCGAGAUCCCAGCGCCAUGGUAGAGGCUCUGAAGAAGCACUGGGAGCCCGCAUUCACGGCCUCUCCUGUACGUGAAGACCUGAGCGGACCCUUCCUAGAUCGCCACAUGCCCGAGCUUGAUAACACGACGCUGCUGAUACCCACAGUCGACAACCUCCGCUUCGUCUUCAAGCGGGCGAAG